AUGAUGCAUCCGGCUGGUUCAAAAGCAGGUAAUCACAGUCCCGCUGCGACUUCUUUUCAGACCCAGUGCAUGCUUGUAGUUGGUCUCGGAUGCCGGCAUCUGCACCUGCCGCGUUGGCGGCAAGUCUCACGGCUCACAUCCUGGGGUGAAAUGACGCGUCAGCUAUUGACCUUGCGGGCAGCCCAAUUCCCCGAUGCUCUGGCGCAAGAGUUAUCUGCCACCCAGGCCGCCUAUGUUGGUGAUCCGCUUUUCGGGCUUGAAAGCACUCUCAAAGGUCGUGUGCUGCAGCAGGCCAUUGCGGAGACCUUGUCAAGCUUGGAUUUUUCGACUCCUGUACAAGAGGCAGUGCCCGGCUUGUGCGUAAAUGGCAACACAAGAGCAACACACCAGAGUGAGUUUGACUUCAUGCAUGGCGAACGCAGGGUGGAGUGCAAAGGGACGAGCUUGGCCUGGUCAGCAAAAGGACAUUGGCACGCCACCUGGACGAGAAUCAAAUUGGGCAAGGCCCUUUUCGAUGAUUUGUUGCUCGCUCUUCACUCGCCAGGUCGGGUAGAUGUACUACGACACGACGGAAUGGCAGGUGUCGCAACUCAAGGAGUUCGAACGGAAAUUCAUGGUCAUGCGGUCAGGGUGCAUGGCAGCCGUGGGCUGGAAGACCCGAGCGAGGCUUGCCAAGAGAUUGUUCAAAAGAUGCAGGAGGCCCCCAAUUCUUGCCACCAUAUUGGGAGCUUGCCGACUGACAGUGGAGUUAUUGAGCGAUCUUUGGCGAAGGAGAGGGCAAAAAAGAGAAAUUCCAUGUCGUCUUACUGGUACAAAGGAAUACCACUGUCUGACUACAGCCCAUCUUCACGUGGCCUUCGCUUGGAAAAAGUGGCAUGUGCGAUCGAUCGGAUGCUGCACCCGAGCAGCACCUUCAGUCGGACCUUGCCGACCUUGGAACAGCGACCUGGUGCGCGGUGCGGAUGUGCUGACUGGGCACGAGAUCGCACGCAAGUAAAGUUCAAGUCCUCAAGACUGAGCUGGCACUGCACAAAGAAUGUGUGGAGGGCACACUUUGCUGGUAUCAAGUUUGCUACCCGCAGUUUUGACGAACUCUGGCUUGGCCUGUAUAGCCCCUUGGGUUUUUAUUUGUUUCAGUACUCUGGCACGAUUGGGCGCUCAACGACAGGUGCAUCAACAGAUGUUGCGGGCCAUGACAUUGUGGUAUACGGGCCGAGUCAUGAGGAGAACCCUCUUGCUGCCUGCGAGGUAAUAGUGCGGAAGUUGAAAGCGAGUGGCUGCGAGCUGCUUGCCACCGUUAGCUGGUGA